CUUUUCAUAAAUCAAUUCAGAAAAUGUCCAAAUCAACGCCGCUAAUGUCUGUCUCCGCUGCUCGCGCUUGAAUGGUGGUUGAUUUUAUAUAUUCUUCUUCUUCUUCUUCUUCUUCUUCUUCUUCUUCUUCUCUCUCCCAUUCGCAAUGUUAAAUUGCGACCACCUCUUCAACUGAUUUUACACUACUACACACCCAAUAUGUCCAUCCCUAGGCCAUCGCCAACCGAAUCGUGGGACUCCAUGUUGCCUGGCCCACCCAGCCGUAAUAAUUUCGGAUCCGCCGACCUCAGUCCCGCCGGUCUCCUCGCCUUCGCUUCUGGCUCCUCCGUCUCCGUCGUCGACUCUCGAUCGCUCCAGCUCAUCUCCACCGUCCCCCUUCCUCCCCCUUCCUCUGCCUCUGCGUCUUCCUCCCCUUCCCCCUCAUCCUCGUCUUCUUCUUCAUUGUCUCCUUUUAUCACCUCCGUCCGCUGGACUCCUCUUCCUCUCCGCCGCGAUUUCCUCUCCGAUGAGCCCUCUUCCUCCCAUCUUCUCCUCGCCGCCGGCGACCGCCAUGGCCGCAUCGCACUCGUUGAUUUUCGCAUCCGUUCCGUCAUCCUCUGGCUACACCCUUCCGAAAAUGACAGCACCAGCGCCAAGCUCGAUCAGGACCUUUGCUGGGUCCUUGCUCGCCCGGACUUUUACAUCCUCGCCGCGAUUUCAGGCCCUUCCUCUCUCUCCCUGUACGCCACCACUCCCUCAUCCGUCCGCUGCUUCUGGAAGUACGAUGCUUCCCCCGAAUUCCUUUCCUGCAUCCGCCGCGAUCCCUUCGAUUCCCGCCACUUCUGCGUCCUGGGGCUCAAGGGAUUCCUCUUGUCCGUCAAGGUCCUCGGCGAUGCCGAGGACAAUGUCGUUAUAAAGGAGUUACAGAUCCAGACCGAUUGCAGCGAAUUGUUGAAGCUGGAAAAAGACGCUGCUGCCAGCAGUAAUUCCUCAUCUUCGCCCGCAUCUGCAAUGUUCCCGCUUUACAUGGCGCGAUUUUCUUUCUCGCCGCACUGGAGACACAUACUGUUCGCGACGUUUCCCAGGGAGCUGGUGGUGUUUGAUUUGCAGUAUGAGACCAAACUCUACGUGGCUGCAUUGCCGCGAGGGUGCGCAAAGUUUCUGGAUGUCUUGCCGGAUCCAGAUUACGAGUUGCUCUACUGUGCUCACCUUGAUGGAAGGCUUAGCAUUUGGCGACGCAAGGAAGGAGAACAGGUGCAUGUAAUGUGCACCAUGGAGGAGUUGAUGCCACCAAUCGGCACAUCUGUCCCUUCGCCAUCAGUUCUCAGUGUUCUCAUCUGCCAAUCAGAGUCUACUCUUCAUAAUAUUGGCAAGCUUUAUUCUGAUGCACCUUCACCUCAAAUGGAUUUUGAUAAUCCUUUUGAUUUUUGUGAUGACACUCUCCUUGUUUCCAAGACACAUUUGCUCUCCAUAUCUGAUGAUGGUAAAAUAUGGAACUGGCUCAUAACUGCUGAAGGAGCUGGAGAGACUCAGAAGGAUGAUACCAAUUCAGGCUCGGGUACUGACAGCGCUGAAGUGGCUAUUUCUGGGACCAAUAAUGGCCCAAGCUCGUUUAAUGAGCGACUUGUCUUUGAAGCAGUCAGUCAGCAAGGCAACGACAGUGGCAGCAAAAGCCGUACAUUGACCUCUAUGUUAAGCCGGGCAGAUAUGUUAUAUAAGAUUAGUUUAGUUGGACAACUACAGCUUCUUUCUUCAACUGUGACCAUGCUGGCAGUGCCAUCCCCUUCACUAACAGCAACAUUGGCAUGUGGAGGAAGCUCUUCCGCAGUUGCUGUUCCACUGGUUGCUUUAGGAACUCAAAAUGGGACAAUUGAUGUUAUUGAUGUGCCUGCCAAUGCGGUUGCUGCAAGCUUUUCUGCUCAUAAUGGUACUGUUAGGGGUUUACGCUGGCUGGGAAAUUCAAGAUUGGUUUCAUUUUCCUAUACUCAGGUAUGUAACAAUCAACUUGAAAGUUUUGUUUGUGAUUGCAUGUACCUUUUGGCUUAUCAUAUGAUUUGUUGUCACUUUUUUGUUUGCUCACCCCUGCAUUUUUGUGUCACUCACGUCAUGGUAUCUUGUUAUUGUGUCUUUAGACCAAAAUGGCCAUCUUCCUCAUUUGUUUCCUCCGAUGGACUAAUUACAGCCAUGGCCUAUCGCCUGCCUCAUGUUGUUAUGGGGGAUAGGUCAGGAAACAUAAGGUGGUGGGAUGUAACAACUGGACAUUCUUCGUCAUUUAAUACUCAUAGAGAAGGAAUUCGUAGAAUCAAAUUCUCACCUGUUGUUGCUGGAGACCGUAGCCGAGGGCGCAUUGCUGUAUUAUUUUACGACAACACGUUUUCUGUAUUUGAUCUUGAUUCACCAGACCCACUAGCCAAUUCCCUUUUACAGCCUCAAUUUCCUGGAACGCUUGUGUUGGAACUUGAUUGGUUGCCUCUGAGAACCGAUAAAAAUGACCCACUUGUAUUGUGCAUUGCUGGAGCUGAUAGUAGUUUUCGCCUUGUUGAAGUGAACAUAAAUGACAAGAAAGCUGGCUAUAUAGCCCAACCUAGAGCUAUUAAAGAGAGAUUUCGUCCUGUGCCAUUGUGCACUCCAAUUUUGCUCCCGACACCGCAUGCCCUGGCAUUACGGAUGAUCUUGCAGUUGGGUGUAAAGCCUGCUUGGUUUAAUACUUGCAGUGUAACCAUAGAGAAAAGGCCUCAUUUAAUUCCUGGAACCACUUCAUCUUCUAAGGACCUUCGAAGUUUCAUGACUGGUUUACCAUCUGUCGGUGACUCUGUUGUGCCAGAAUUGCUGCUUAAAGUACUGGAACCUUAUCGAAGAGAAGGCUGCAUCCUUGAUGAUGAGAGGGUGCAAUUAUAUGCCACUGUGGUCAACAGAGGGUGUGCUGCAAGGUUUGCCUUUGCAGCUGCAGUUUUUGGUGAAACUGCAGAAGCACUUUUCUGGUUACAGUUGCCUCAUGCUCUUAACCACUUAAUGAAUAAGUUGGUAAAUAAAUCUCCACAGAAAUUCCCUGCCUCAGCAUCGGUACCAGAUCUUGAUAAUACCGCUACGCUGGACAGAAUUACAUCAAAGGGGAAAUCAACGUUAGGAGCUGAGAAGAAGGAUUUGCUGAGUCAAGGUCAACUUAGAUCAAUGGUGUUUGCCCAAGAAGAAUUAUGGGUACGUGCUAGUGAGCGUAUUCCUUGGCAUGAGAAGUUGGAGGGGGAAGAGGCUAUUCAGAACCGAGUACAUGAGCUUGUAUCUGUUGGGAACUUGGAAGCAGCAGUUAGUUUAUUGCUUUCCACAUCUCCAGAGAGCCCUUACUUCUAUGCAAAUGCUCUACGUGCCGUUGCUCUUUCUUCUGCUGUAUCAAGAUCUCUUCUUGAACUUGCAGUCAAGGUUGUUGCUGCCAACAUGGUGAGGACAGACAGAUCACUCUCUGGCACUCAUCUUCUUUGUGCCGUUGGAAGGUAUCAAGAAGCUUGCUCCCAGCUUCAAGAUGCUGGAUGCUGGACUGAUGCUGCAACUUUGGCCGCUACACAUUUAAAGGGAUCUGAUUAUGCAAGGGUGUUGCAACGGUGGGCCGAGCAUGUCCUUCACACCGAGCAUAAUAUCUGGAGGGCUCUUAUCUUGUACGUUGCUGCUGGCUCAUUGCAAGAGGCAUUGGCAGCUCUUCGCGAGGCGCAACAACCUGACACAGCUGCCAUGUUCGUACUGGCCUGCAAUGAAGUCCAUGCAGAAACAGUUGCAAAAUUAGGAAAUGUGGAUGAUGAAUCUGGACCUUUUGUUAAGGAUUUUCUGGCAAGCUUGCCUGGAUUGGAGCCAACUAACGAAGAUGUGAUUGCAGUUAGAGAAUAUUUUCAGGAAUACCAAAGAAAGUUGGUGCAUCUCUGCAUGGACUCGCAGCCCUUUUUUGAGUGAUUAUAGUUAUAAUCUCAGCAAGUUUAUUCAUAAGUGAGCUCUACUGUAUAGAUAUGUGGUAUUUCACAUGACAUCCGCAGUCCUGGGUUCUCUUGUCACCCUUGUUUGUGAUUAGCGGGCAGAGAAUUAGUUUAUACAAAAUGAUUAGUCCUGGUACUUACUCUCAAACCAUUGAAAAUUUUGUUGUAUAAAACAAAAUUAAGUUGUAGUUCAUGUUGUAAUUGUUCAUUCAUUUUGUCCUUGUGGAGAUAUACUGGACUUCUUGUUGCAAGCUAAGCAGGUUUGUAAAAACAUCUGCGUCAAUUGUAUUAUUAAAUUUGUUCUUCCUA